AACCAAGAAUGUGUAAGAGGGAGGGGGGAGCCCAGUCAGAGGCCGAAGGAAAGGGAGCUCGCAGGGCUGGGGUCACUCCGUAAGAAAGCAUCCCCGGGGCUGCUCCCAGCUGCCUUCUUCCUCCACAGGGAUGGCGUCCUUCCCAGGAACUCCCAGGCAGGGACGAAGAAACUGAGGCCUGGGAGGUCGUGGAGCCCAUCUGCUCUCAUUUUAGGGAUGAAGAAGCGGAGUCCUGAGAGCUCAAGUGAUUUGCCGGAUGUCACACAGUUUCAGGAAAGGGGGAGCGCCUUGGUCCCCCCAACCUCCUCUGCAGCCAGCUUGUGAGGUGCGUGCGAACAGGGGCGAUGGAAUGUAACUAAACCGUAUCUCCGGCAGCCCCCGGCAGAGAACCGUGCGUGGGGUGGACUUCCUUCACCUGUCUAAGGCCAUGGCCCAUCUUGUCUAGGGUGAGGAGGUUUGAGGCUGGAAUGGCACCUCUGGGUGAGGACACGCCACUGAUUGAACAGCGGUCCUACAGCCUGUCCUCCAGUGAGGCUGGCUCUCUGCAGGUGUUGCUGUGCCCUCGAAGCCCAGGGUCCCCUCAGGUCCUCACCUUCUUCUUUGGGGAAUACUCUGCUGAAGAGCUUUGUGUGCAGGCUGCCAAGGCCUGUGGGAUCCUGCCUGUAUGUCACGCGCUCUUUGCCUUGACCACUGAAGACCUGUCCUGCUGGUUCCCACCCAACCACAUCUUCACAGUGGAAGAUGCUACCAGCCAGAUCCUCCUCUACAGGAUCCGCUUCUUCUUUCCAAACUGGCUCGGCCUGGAGAAGUGUUAUCGCUUUGGACUGCAGAAGGACAGAGCCAAUGCCAUCCUGGACUUCCCUGUCCUUGAAUAUCUCUUUGCUCAGUCCCGAAAUGACUUCAUCAGUGGGAGGAUGAAUCUGACGCUGAAUCUUAAGGAGCAGGGAGAGUGCCUGAGCCUGGCAGUGCUGGAUCUGACUCGGAUGGCUAAGGAACAGGGCCUGUGCCCCAAGAAGAUCCUCAGGAGCACCAGGUGAGGAUGCCCUCCCUCUCCUAGGAAGGCUGAGAGAUUCACAGGAUGAGCUCUGACCUGUCCUACCUUCUCCAGUAAUCAGUCCAUGCCUCCUUUAAGAAUCUAUUUAUUGGGGACAGCUGGGUAGAGAGUCAGGCCCAGAGACAGGAGGGUUCAAACUGAUCUCAGACACUUCCCAGCUGUGUGACCCUGGGCAAGUCACUUAACCCCCAUUACCUAGCCCUUACCACUCUUCUGCCUUGGAACCAAUACUAAGUAUUGAUUCCAAGAUGGAAGGUAAGGGUUUAAAAAAAAAAGGGAGUCUAUUUAUUGAGGACAGCUGGGUAGCUCAGUGGAUUGAGAGUCAGGCCCAGAGAUAGGAGGGUUCAAAUCUGGCCUCAGACACUUCCUAGCUGUGUGACCCUGGGCAAGUCACUUGACCCCCAUUGCCUAGCCCUUAC